CGUUGUUUUGUCAAAUAUAACGUUAUUAUAACGUUUGCAAGCCCUGGUCGCACCUAUUAAUUAAUAUUAAUAGGGAUCGCAUCAAUGAAACUAAUUAUAACGACUAUACCUAGUGAAAUUAUUUAACCUGAAUAAGCCUAUUCGAUUUGAUGAAUAAAAGUGCAGUUGUCCAUAAUUUAACACAACGUGUUAAAACCCCAACCUGGCAUAACGCUAUGGUUGUCUUUUGACCUAUACCAUAUUAACCAUGUUACCCGGUUUUAAGGGCUAUAAAGGCAGGUUUCCACUAUACACAAACAAUGUUCAGCUAUGUCCAGCAACAUGGUAUCGUGUGGUAACCUUACCUAACCAACCAAUCACAGGAUUUACGUGAACGUGUAUAGUGGAGACCCACCUUUAUCGUGUUUUUGAAUUUAGCUCAAUAUUUUACGUACACACGGCAUUAUACCAUUGUUCAGAACACAACUAAUAAGGAUAUUGUAAAAUAUGUAAUUAACCACAGUUUGGUGACUAGUAAUGCCACUGUGAGACUUUGGGAGACCCGAUCGUAUAGCGAACGGACUAGGUCAUUAAAUGCACGUACACGCGAACGUAAGUUUAAAAAUUAAAAGUCUUAAAAUACCUAUAUUCAACUUUUCGUCGUGCGGUUACAGACUUACAGUGGUCAAACGGUUAUUAAUAAUUAUACUAUAGGUACCUGCUGGACAAAAUUUUUAAAAUAUCAAAGGUUAUACUAACAAUACGAACACGAAUCACACGGUCAUAGUAAGUACUAAGUUGUAAUAGUCAUAAAAAUCUACCACCUGCAUAACAUUAUUAUAUUAAUAUACCUACGAGCCGUUAUCGCGCGUUAUUAUUCGUAAUAUUUCUAUGUAAGAAGCGCGUACCAGUCGAGCGCCAGCCACUACCGCAGUGCGGACUGCGGCGGCGGCGGCGUCGCGUCAUCGUCGUCACAACAAUAACGUGGCGAGCGGUCGCGUAGGUAUGGCGCACGAGUCGGUUUGAUUUACCACCAGCGCGCGCGUUAUGAUAUUACAUACCGUGCGCGUCCGAUGACUGAACGCAACGGUCGGUGUUCGCCGGCGGUGAAAAUCGCCGACAGUUCUUCCGGCCGGUGUAAUGAAGCACGGCGCAUGUCCGAAGGUGGUCUCGUCAUGUCUUCAUGCGCGGCUGCCAACUUCAACAACAACAACAACAACAACACCACAAACACAAACAACAACAACCACAACGGCGGCAGCAGGACGACGGCCGCUGUGCCCAGGCGCAAGUUCAGCUUCCCGGCGGUGUUGCAAUCGCACAGCCUGCAAUCUGAACUGGGCGGCAUCGACUUCGGCGGUGGGCCGUCGCUCACUGUGGCCACGGCCCGCCGGCGGUUCAGCAACGUCAGCGACGUCGUGUCCAGGAAACUGUCGCACACCAUCGGUUGGCGGACGGCCGUGCCGACGGAGCAGAUCGCGCGGCAGGGCAAGGCGCUGUGUGUGCAGUACGUCCGGUGGAAGCUGAAGCGGGCUGGCGCGUACACGAAAAAAUGCGCUGCUGCGUUGCGUGCGGCCAGCGCGGCCGCUAACCCCGCGGCUUCGGUGGACGGAAACGCCAGUGGCGGAAGUGGUGGCUACUUCAUACCGCCAUUACAGGCGAUGGCGGCUGCGACCGAUCACAUCGAUAGUGUGCGUCGCGACGUGUUCCCAGCCGUGCUCCGGGUCGGGCUCCAGUUGGAGCGGCUCGACCCGAAACUGUACGCGGCCGGAACCGUGGCCACUGACACUGCGGCCACCACUGCUGCGUCCACGGCCGGUACUGCAGGCAACCCAUCGGCAGCCGCGGCGAUGACCGGCCCGGCUGCUCCGCCUCAGCGCCUGUUCCAGAGGCACCGGCCCGCGUACAGGAGAAACACGGCCGCGGCUUCUGUCGUCCUGGUGUCCGUAUCCCGGGAACUGUUCCGGGCCGGCGCCCAGGUCACGUGGGCUAAAGUCGUGUCGCUUGUGUGCGUGGCCGCCGGGCUUGCUGUCGACUGCGCGCGCCGCGGCCGUGCCGAUCAGCUGCCCGACCUGAUCGAGGCCGUCGGCGAAGUAAUCGAGGACGAUCUGGCCGCUUGGAUACAUUACAACGGCGGAUGGAUGGGGCUCCAGUCGUACUGCAAACCGGUGGUCGUCAACAUCGAAAAUCCUGUGUCCACUCAAAUCUUGUAUCUAGUGUCAUUGCUCAUAGUCGUCAUAUUUUUCUUGUUGUUGUUGAGGUGGUUCGACUUCAUAUCCGUUUUCCGAUAAACCUACCACGGCAGAUGACAUCCAACAAUUAUAUUAUAUAAAUAUAUUUUAUUACUACAAUAUACGUUAUAUAUAUAUAUA